ACAGCAGGAUGUACCAAUGAGCUGAGUAGAAGGGCUGGCUCGGCUCGGGGCCGAGGCUGAGAUACCGGUGCUGCCUAAGGGAGGUGGUGGCCGAUCAGGACGUGGGGUGGCCCGCAAUGAAGCCGCCUAGUUCAAUGCAAACAAGUGAGUUUGACUCAUCAGAUGAAGAGCCUAUUGAAGAUGAACAGACUCCAAUUCAGAUAUCAUGGCUACCCCUGUCACGAGUGAACUGUUCUCAGUUUCUUGGUUUAUGUGCUCUUCCAGGUUGCAAAUUUAAAGAUGUUAGAAGAAAUAUCCAAAAAGAUACAGAAGAACUAAAGAGCUAUGGUAUACAAGACAUAUUUGUUUUCUGCACCAGAGGGGAACUAUCAAAAUACAGAGUUCCAAACCUUUUGGAUCUCUACCAUCAGUACGGAAUUAUCACUCAUCACCAUCCAAUUCCAGAUGGAGGGACUCCUGACAUCACCAGCUGCUGUGAAAUUAUGGAGGAGCUUGAAGUUUGCCUUAAAAAUAACCGAAAAACCUUAAUACACUGUUAUGGAGGACUUGGGAGAUCUUGUCUUGCUGCUUGUCUCCUCCUAUACCUGUCUGACACAGUAUCACCGCAGCAAGCCAUCGACAGCCUGAGGGACCUGAGAGGAUCUGGAGCAAUACAGACCAUAAAACAAUAUAAUUAUCUUCAUGAGUUCCGGGACAAGCUAGCUGCACACCUUUCAUCAAGAAAUUCACUAUCAAGAUCUGUAUCUAGAUAAAAGAAUUUCAAAUAGCAUAUAUAUAUGACCAUGUCUGAAAUUUGAGUUCUCUAAUAGCAUUUGUAUUGAAACUAUUAGUGUUAUCAAACUGAAUGUAACGAAUGUAAAUGUACAUGUGCAGAUAUUCCUAAAGCUUUUACUGACAAAUUUCAUUGUGUCUCUUUCAUAUCUUAUAGGAGAUAGAAAAACUGUUAAUACAAUUUUCCUUUUAAAAAUACACCAGCUGUUCUGCUGUAUUUUACCUAGAGGUAAUGCUGAAAAACAGCAUAUGGGAAAAUAUAUUUUUAUUUUUUCACCACAUUCUUACCUCAUAUUAUCAUUGGUAAUUGCUGGGUGGCAUAUGACAUAGUAACACAUAUGAAAAUUGCUACAAGCACCCAGGCUAAAAUUAUUUAAAUGACUCUUACCCUCUAUUCCUCUGAAAAUUUCCCCCAUUGUUUUCUCUGCCUCACAGAUAAAUAGAAUUGUGAAUCUGUCACCUCCCUCCCAAUGCCAGGUCAUCCCCAAGUGUUUAUCCAGCAGUUGCUGGAAUUUUCCAAGAUGAGGAAUUCAUUGGUUCAGACAGCUGCUAUUUUUUACAGCAUUGUUUUUUUAACCCUAGGAACUACAAUGGAAUGAAUUUAAUCUCUUUCACAUUUAUUUUAUAAAGCACUUACCUAAAGUUUAAGUCUCCAGUUUUCUCACUCCUUCACUUUACUCUGUUACCUGUGUCUUUGUCUUUAAAUUUCACACUGAGCUACUGAAAGCAAGCAUUUGCAGACAAGGAUCAUACCGUGAGCCAAAGUUACCUGUUUUAAGAGACGGCAGCACUGGAAUCCCACGGCUCUCUUGGCUACUGGUAGUCACGAAGGUGACCAACAGAGGAGGCACUUCCACACAAGCAAAGCAGACUUCACCACAUCAACUCUUAAUUUGUAAAUAGUCAUAUAAUUACCAAGUCUUACUGUCUCUCGCCCUUCUUGCCCUGAUGAGCUACUAAUCUCAUUAAAGAAUACUUUAAAACAUUUA